GCAGCCCGUGCAGACAGACACAACGUGGACCGCCAGCAUGCUGCCACGCCAGACACCCGCGCCUGCCACACGGCUCCCGCUGCUGCUGCUGCUGCUGUUCGGUACUGCGUCCGCAGCAGACGUUUACGGCCGCGAGUUCGAUGACUAUUUCAAGGACUGCCACAGAAAAAGCCCAGACUUCGAUUCCUGUGUUCUCAAAGGCCUCAACGAUGUACGCCAUUUCUUCCCAACAGGAAUUCCCGAGUACGGAGUGCUGCCCUUCGACCCGUUCUUCGCCAAAGAGGUGGUGCAGAAGCGCGGCGGUCCCGGGGCCAGCUACAAGCUGCGGCUCAGGAAUGUGUACGAGCGGGGAUGGACGCGCUCCAACGUCACCAAGUUCAGGAGCGAUCUGGACAACAACCGCAUCGUGUACUCGCAGUUCUUUCCGGAGAAGAGCCUGGACGGCGAGUACGAGAUAGAUGGCGACGUUCUGCAGUACCCCAUGACCAACAAGGGCAGCUGGAACAUGACGCUCUACGACUACAGCCAGACGACGACCAUUACGCGGCGGCCGACGGCGCGCGGCGGCCGGCUGUCGUUCUCGGGGCCUCUGAAGGUGCGCGUCCACGUGGACCACAUCGGUAACAUGGACCUCCACGUCGGCAACCUGCUGCGCGGACGCGCCGUCAUGGAGCGCAUGCUGGACCGCGUGAUGAACACCAUGUGGCGCGUCGGCCUGGGCGCGGUGAAGCCGCUCGUCAACGAUCUGGUCAGCACAGCCUUCACAGAGAUCUUCAACAACGACUUCAAGAACUUCCCGUUUGACAAGAUAUUCCCACCAUAAAGAAAACGUCAAAAUACGGCGGAUCAAGUGAAGCAAAAUGGUAAUAGAGGGAAUUUAUGGCCUACGUUGACCGAAUGUAAAUAUGAACUGAUUUGUCUGGUUUCAGCUGUAUGUCUCUGGGAACGUCGGUUCUCUGUCAAGAUUGCUUGAUGGUUGUUGGAACCAGAAAAGACAGAACACGGGAGGAGGGUUUGCUGAAAUAGUGGUGCUCUACGUAUUGUAUGAAAAAAUAUCACAGAAAAAAGUAAUUCUACCUCAUGUUCUUACAGCGAGGACUUGUUUUCACUAAUAGUCGUGAUAUUUUAGAGACACGAGUAGAAGUUGAAUGUUCUGUACUUUAUAGCGAUUAACAGUAUGUUACUUAUAACGAUAAGAAAUAAAUUAAAACGAAGAGAG